AUGCGCCAGACAGCUAUCUUCUCAGGGUCGAGUCACCCAGGCUUGGUGGAUGCGAUCACGGAGCGCCUAGGCUGUAAGCCCUCUAAGGUGGGACUGAGCAAGUUCAGCAAUGGCGAGACAAGCGUCCAGAUCUACACCUCCGUCCGCGACCAAGAUGUCUUCAUUGUGCAGAGUGGGAGCGGACAGAUCAACGACAAUGUCAUGGAGCUGCUUAUCAUGAUCAAUGCUUGCAAGGGCGGCUCUGCUAGAUCGAUCACGGCGGUCAUGCCAUACUUUCCAUACUCCCGCCAGUCGAAGAAGAAGACCCACCGAGGCGCCAUUACCGCACGUAUGCUCGCCAACCUCAUGGCUGUGGCAGGAGUAAACCACGUCAUCACAAUCGACCUUCACGCAAGUCAGAUGCAAGGCUUCUUCAAAUGUCCAGUGGACAACCUUGUCGCUGAGCCACUGUUGUCAAAGUGGCUGAGACAAAACAUCAAGAACUGGCAGAAUGCGGUGAUUGUCAGCAAGAAUCCAGGUGGAACGAAGCGAGUCACAUCAAUGGCGGAUGCUCUUAAUUUGAGCUUCGGCAUUGUUACGACCGACAGGAGAAGACCGCAUGGCCCUCACAGCAUGCAGAACAGUGCCAUAUUCGAGAGCAUGGGCACGGACGGGACCAAUGAUCGUAAAGCGCUGGAGGGUGAUGCUGAGGAGGCUGAGGGUCGCAUACGUACGGUCGAGGGUGAAGGCUUUGCCUCGCCGCAGUACAACAGUGCUGCAUCAGCAAGACGCUCGAACGGCGAAACAGAUCCACGAGCUAGGAGGCCGAGUCGUCACCGCGCCUCGACUGCUACAUAUGCGCCUAUGCUUCGCACGCGGCUGACCAACGGCGCUCAGGGUACAGAUGCGCCGCCAAGCCCAAGUCCUCUUUCGCGAUCAACACGACUCGACUCGAUUGACAUGGAGCGAUCGAUUGCGGAGGAGAUCGGCGACCUGUCCUUGCACAGAUCUCGUACAGCACCCGGUAUCGAACAGCCCCCAGCCGCAGAUGAUGGCUACGAAGAAGCAGGAGGUGAAGAAGAUGGCGACGAGCUCGCUCGCGACGUUAUCACGGGCCGACUCAUCCACGGUCACAUCGUCGACGACGAUGUGCCAUCGCCAAGCAUGUCUGUCCGAUCUGGAUCGAUCAACGGCGGACCCAACGGCCCCCGCGGCUCGCGUUCGAGCGAUGAAGACCAGCUGCCGGACGCUAUGAUGCACAGCUUCAUGUCCACGACAUCGUCACGCAUGCAAGCCCCUGCGAACGGACUCGGCGGGACUGGCGACGCUGCUGCAUCGGACGAGGAAGAAGAGGAGGCGCUGAAAGAUCCCGGCAUCGAGAGCACAGUCACCCUCGUCGGCAACGUUCGAGACCGUCCGGUCAUCAUCAUUGACGACAUCAUCGACAAGGCUGGCUCCUGGAUCGCCGCAGCGGAAACCGUGGUCAAGCGCGGCGGCGCAACAAAAGUCUACUGCAUGGCCACCCACGGCAUUUUCGGCAACGACAGUCUGCGAGAACUUGACAUGUGCGACGAAAUCGAGGCCAUUGUCGUCACCGACGCCUUUCCUAUACCCGAUGAGCUACGACAGCAAACGAAGAAGCUUGUCGUGCUGGAUGUGAGUGGCCUGCUAGCGGAAGCUAUCAGGCGUAACCACCAUGGUGAGAGCAUUAGCUUGCUGUAUCAACAUUUCAACUAG